AUAAUGACCGCUGAAUAAACUGGCGGACAUCACUCCCGGGUCACUCACACGCCGCUCGCUGCUCGCCGCAAUGAAGCGCCUCGCACUGCUCGCUCUGCUGCUCGUGUCCUCUGCGACGCUUGCGGAGGACUCCUCCUCCGAAGUACCAGCCGCGGCUGAGCCCUGCGACCGCGAGGCUUGCAAGCUGCCGAACUGCAGGUGUUCCGGCACCGACAUCCCGGGGGGACUCACUCCACGGGACACCCCGCAGUUUGUUGUGCUGACGUUCGAGGACAGCGUGCACGAGGAGAACAUAGUGACGUACCGGCGCGUCCUGUACAACCGACGCAACUCUAACGGCUGCGCGGCCAGUGCCACCUUCUUCGUGAGCCACCCCUACACCAACUAUGUGUUCGUGAACGAGCUCUACAACCGCGGCCACGAGGUGGCGCUGCACUCCAUGACCCACAUGAACCCGUCCACUUACUGGCGCGAUGCCACCUAUGACGUCAUCAAACAGGAGUUCGCUGACCAGAGAGUGCAGAUGUCGCACUUCGCAAACAUUCCCUUCGACUCUAUCACCGGCAUGCGGGUGCCGUUCCUCCAGCUGUCUGGAGAUAACAGCUUCAGGGUGAUGUCCGACUAUGGGCUCAAAUACGACAACAGUUGGGCUACCAACGCGUACACCAGCCCUGCUAUGUGGCCCUACACCCUGGACUACCAGUCCACGCAGGACUGCCUCGCUCCUCCAUGCCCCAACGCUUCUAUCCCGGGAGUGUGGGUAAAUCCCAUCAUUCCUUGGGUCGACCUUGACGGCAAACCUUGCUCGUUGGUACACGAGUGCUUUGCUAUUAAUUCGCCCGACCUCUUCAAUGAGACGUUAUGGUUCCAGUUCAUCCUAAACAACUUCGAGAGACACUACUUCGGUAACCGAGCUCCCUUCGGCGUGUCCCUCCUUGAGGGCGUUAUCUACCCGUUCCCGCAAGUGCUAAGCGCACUCGAGCGGUUCCUGGAUGUUAUAAAUAACCUGGACGACGUCUUCCUGGUGACCAGUGACGAAGUCAUCGAGUGGGUGAAGAACCCGGUCCCUAUCAGCCAGUACAGGACACAAGCUUGUCGCCAGUUCAUACCUACCACGUGUGUGCCUUCCCAGUGCGAGGUCAUCUCCAGCUACGACGGAAGAGAAUACGAAUUUGAAUCGUGCAACGUGUGUCCGCGCGUCUACCCGUGGCUCGGCAAUCCCCUGGGCCAGUAAACCAAUAGACUGUUUUGUAUUCUAAUAUUUUAAUUAAUUCAAUAAGGUACAUUAACAAUAUACCUUAAAAAUUAAUUUUAUUUCAUUUUAUGACCGAGACAGAGAUCUUGUAUGUAUAUCUUUAAAUAGAUGUACACAACAUUCACUGUAUAUUAACAUAAACAUAAAACUAAGAAAAAAUGCAAUGGAAACAAAAAUGGACGAAGUGAAACGGAUACAAAUAAAAUUAAAAUAAAAAAAACAACAAAAAUACCUAAUGUGAAACAAGAUAAAGAUACAAAUAAAGGCCACGAAAACUUAAUGAAAAUAAGUAUCGGAAACACAAGAUAUUAAUCCUAAUUAAAAUUUAAAUAUAUUUGUUAUUAUUGAGAUCAAGUAGAAGCUAUCGUGAGACAUAAAAUAAUUGUGACAUCGGUUUAACACUUAAAACCAAUUUGCGCUUCAAGUUGUUGUGGGGAUCGUGAAAAUAUCUAAAUUGUCUGAGCUCCCGCACAAAGAGUUGUUGCACUGCAGAGUCGUGACAGGACUGAAAGUUAACUGGCGUAUAGGAAAAAUUUUGUGUGCUUUGUUUGGUUGUGAUGUCAUAGAUAAAAACAGUGACUAAGCGUCCGAUGAGAGCCCUGCGGCACCCCAGUUUUGGAAAAGUAUAUUUAUGAUUCA